AAGCUCCUGAGCUCUAAGCAGAGGAUCCUGUACAAAGAAGUGAUGCUGGAGAAUUACAGGAAUCUACUUUCAUUGGAUAUCGACAAGCUGAUUCUAAAAUUUAUAUGAAAUUACAAGGGAUCUGGAAUGCCAAAACAAUCUUGUGAAAGAAAAACAAAUUAGGAGGACUCACAUUUUCUGAUUUCAAAACUUACUACAAAGCAAUGGUACUGAUAUAAGGAUAGACAUACAGAUCAAUGGAAUAGAAUUGAGAAGUCAGAAAUAAAACCAUGUGGGUCAACUGAUUUUCCACAAGGGUGCCAAGACCAUUAAGUGGGCAAAGAAUAGUUUUUUCAACAAAUGGUGCUGUGGCAACUGGAUAUUUACCUGCAAAAUAAUAAAGUUUAACCCUUACCUUAUGCCAGACAUAAAAAUUAAUUAAAAAUAUAUCAAAGAUCCAACUAUAAAACUCUUAGAAGAAAGCAUAGGACCAAAUCUUUAUGAUCUUGGACUUGGCAACGAUUCUUAAAUAUGCCACCAAGAGCAUGAGCAAAAAACAAAACAACAAAAAAGAUAAUAGAUAAAUUGGACUUUAUCAAAAUUAAAAACUAAGGUGAAAAGACAAUACAUAGAGUUAGAGAAAAUGUCUAUAAAUCAUAUAUCUGAUAUGGGACUUGUAUCUAGAAUACAUAAAGAAUUCUUACAACUCAAUAAGAAAAGAUAAUCCAAGGAUGAUAUACAAAUGGGCAAUAAGUACAUGAAAAGAUGCUCAACAUCAUUAGUCAUCAGGAAAAUGCAAAUCAAAACUACAAUGAAAUAGAUACCAGUCCACACACCUUUCGAUGGUCAAUCCAAGUUACAUAAUAACGUGUGUUGAUGAAGAAGUGGAGAAAUCAGAACCCUCAUAUACUACUGGUGGGAGUAUAAAACAGUGCAGCCACUUUGGAAAACAGCCUGGCAGUGUUUUUGUAUCUGCUCACCUCCUAUUUUUGAACUGUGGUCACUAAAUGAGUGCCCAUGCAUUUCUUCAAUUGGAUGGGGAUGGAGGACAGUGACUCUUGAUCAGGGAGCACCGCUGCAGCGGAUCAGAGGAGCAGGAACCGGAGCCUGGGCUGAGUUCACAAAAAGCAGGGUCUGGACAGUGGCUCCAGAUGGAGGAGCCAGAGGAACCUGUGGACAGUGGGCAGUCACUGCCCCCGGUUUACAUCUACAGUCCCGAGUAUGUCCGCAUGUGCGAUUCCCUGGCCAAAGUCCCCAAACGGGCCAGUAUGGUACAUUCUUUGAUUGAAGCAUAUGCACUGCAUAAGCAAAUGAGAAUAGUCAAGCCCAAAGUGGCCUCCAUGGAGGAGAUGGCCACCUUCCACACCGAUGCCUAUCUGCAGCAUCUCCAGAUGGUCAGCCAAGAAGGAGAUGACGAUCAUCCGGACUCUACGGAAUAUGGCCUAGGUUAUGACUGUCCGGCUACCGAAGGGAUAUUUGACUAUGCGGCAGCUGUGGGAGGGGCUACAAUCACAGCUGCCCAAUGCCUGAUUGAUGGAAUGUGCAAAGUAGCCAUUAACUGGUCUGGAGGGUGGCAUCACGCAAAGAAAGAUGAAGCAUCUGGAUUUUGUUAUCUCAAUGAUGUUGUCCUGGGAAUAUUACGAUUGCGACGGAAAUUUGACCGUAUUCUCUAUGUGGAUUUGGAUCUGCACCAUGGAGAUGGUGUAGAAGAUGCCUUCAGUUUCACCUCCAAAGUCAUGACGGUGUCCCUGCACAAAUUCUCCCCGGGAUUUUUCCCAGGUACAGGUGAUGUGUCUGAUGUUGGCCUAGGGAAGGGACGGUACUACAGUGUGAAUGUGCCCAUUCAAGAUGGCAUACAGGAUGAGAGGUAUUACCACAUCUGUGAAAGUGUACUAAAGGAGGUAUACAUGGCCUUUAAUCCCAAAGCGGUGGUCUUACAGCUGGGAGCUGAUACAAUAGCUGGGGAUCCUAUGUGCUCCUUUAACAUGACUCCAGUGGGGAUUGGCAGGUGUCUUAAGUACAUCCUUCAGUGGCAGUUGGCAACGCUCAUUUUGGGAGGAGGAGGCUAUAACCUUGCCAACACAGCUCGAUGCUGGACAUACUUGACUGGGGUCAUCCUAGGGAAAACACUAUCCUCUGAGAUCCCAGAUCAUGAGUUUUUUACAGAAUAUGGUCCUGAUUAUGUGCUGGAAAUUACGCCAAGCUGCCGGCCAGACCGCAAUGAGCCCCACCGAGUCCAGCAAAUCCUCAACCACAUCAAAGGGAAUCUGAAGCAUGUGGUCUAGUGGACAAAAAGGGAUCAGGUUUCCAGAGCUGAAGAGCAGUGCCUAUACUGAAAGCAGCAUGUUUAUGCGAGCAGUGUGUGGAAUUUGUGACUUCAGGGGAAAUUUGGAAGAAAUUAAUUCUUGAAAAUUUCCAAGGGGCCAAGUGUCUGCUGGCCUCCUGGGGUGAGGCAGGGAGCCACCCCAGAGGCUCAUCUAGGCCUAGAGGAAGAGAGAUUUCCAACAUUAAAAGUGUUUAUUUUUGAAACAAACAUAAAUACCAUUUUUAAUCUUUGAAAAUUAUUUUAAGCAAGUUGGGGAGGGAGGUAUUUUUAUUUUCUUAAAGGAGACAGAUCAGAAGCUGGAAGAAAGCAUGGAUUUGUAGUGGGUUAGGGGGGAGCUGAGAGGUAGGGUUUGGGCUUCAGGACCAUCCCGGUGAUGCCUUGGUGAAGGGAAAUGAUAGUAGAUUGGGAGGUGGGAAGAAGUCCACCUCUUGUUUUUAGGAUUAUUGAUCUAUUUUUUAAAAAUAUUUUUUUAAUUGAUAUUUAGAGAGAGAGGAAGGGAGAGGGAGAGAGAGAGAGGAACAUCAAUGAGAGAGAAGCAUCAAUUGGCUGCCUCCUGCACGCCUCAUACUGGGGAUCUAGCCCAAAACCUGGGCAUGUGUCCUGACUGGGAAUUAAAUCAGCGACUUCUUGGUGCAUGGGAUGAUGCUCAACCAACUGAUCCGCACCAGCCAGGCGAGCUGUUUUGUUUUUUUGAAGACCUAAAAAGAAAAAAAAAAAAAUCAGUCUGGUAGUUCCUCAAACAAUUAAACAGAGUUACCAUAUGACCCAACAGUUCUAGGUAUAUGCACAAGAGAAAUGAAAGCAUAAGUCAACAUGAAAAUUUGCACACAAAUGUUUAAAUGCAGCAUUAUUCAUAAUAGCCAAAGGGCAGAAAUUGCCGAAUGUCUAUCAACUAAUGAAUGGGUAAAAAAUGUUAUAUCCAUACAAUGAAAUAUUAUUCAGCCAUAAAGAAGAGAUGAAGUACUAAUAUGUGCCAUAACAUGGGAUGAACUUUGAAAACAUGAUGCUAAGUGAAAGAAGGCAGUCACCAAAACAUAUCAUAUGAGGUCCUUUGUAAGGAAUGCCUGGAAUGUCCUUCAUUCAGGUCUUUGUUCACAUGCACGCCUCAGAGAGGUUUUCCCAGAGCAUCUAACCAAAGUUACAACCCAUCACUCUCAACCCCCCUACCCUACUUUAUUUAUUUUUCAUAUCACCCUAAUGUUACUCUUUAUACCUAUCCAUGUGGUUUACUGUCUGUCUCUCACUAGAACAUAAAGUCCUUCAAGGAAGGGACUUUGUAUCUCACAUACAGUGAGAUGUUAGUAAGUACGAAAUAAAUAAUUUAAAACGUAUGCAUGAGUGAUAUGUUAGGAGGCAGGGUAACUUGGAAGCAGCUGAGGAACCAGAUGGUACUAUAUUCCGGUUCUUGCCACCUUGAGCAAGAUAAUACAUCUCUCUGAGCUUCCAUCUCUUGUCCUCCACAUGUUGACAAAAAUGAGACAGAACAUACAUUUUAGGGUGUGAGAAUUAAAUUACAAAGCCCUGGCUGGUGUGGCUCAGUUGUUUGAACAUCGACCCAUACACUGAACGAUUGCUGGAUCGAUUCCUGGUCAGGGCACAUACCCAGGUUUCAGGUUCAAUCCGUUUGCAUACGGGAGGCAACCUAUCGAUGUGUUUCUCUCUCACAUUGAUGUUUCUCUAUCCCUCUCUCUAAAUAAUAAUAAAAAAAAUCAAUAAAAACACAUUAAAAUUACAAAACCCUGAGGUAGAAACUUUUCUUGCUGGGUUUUGAGGAACAACAAGGAGACUAGUAUGGCUGGAGGAUGAUGAAUGAGGGGAAUGUUGAAGGAGAUGAGGUUGGAGAGGGAUGCAGGGCUGGAUUUUAUUCUGCGUGUGCUGGGAAGUUAUUGGGAAGUGGAGAGCUGAGCAAUGGCAUCAUCUGAGAUAAUCCCACUACAUGAUAGAAGGAUCCCUCUGGCUGCUGUGAGAGCAAGAGAGGAAGCAAAGAGACUAGUUAGGGGUUCAGUGAUCCAGGACAAAGAUGAUGGUGGCUAAGACUAGCAUGGUGGUAGUGGGGCAGGUGACAACAGUCAGAUUUAAGACAUUUUGAAGGUGAGGUCCAUAGGAUUUGCUGAUUGAUGGAGAUGGGAGAGAAUGAGAGGGAUCAAGGAUGCUACCAAGUUAGUCGUUUUGAUUUUUAACCCGAGAAACUUCUGAGAUGGGAAAUGCUGGUAAGACGUGGUUUUGGGAAGAAGAGUGAUUAGACUCAAGAAUUUAGUUUUCAUCGUUAAAUUUAUUAGCUAUUUAGACAUUCAUGUCCAGCAGGUGGCUGGAUAUAAAAGCCAAGAGUUAAAUGAAGAGCCCAGGUUUAAAGGAACAAAUUUGAAAAACCUGAACAUGUAGAACUUUUCAAAAGUCCUGGAACUGGUCCUAGCUGGUUUGGCUCAGUGGAUAUAGUGUUGGCCUGCAGAUUGAAGGGUCUCCGGGUUCCAUUAGGGCACAUGCUCCAGGCUCGAUCCCCAGUAAAGGGGAACGCAGCAGGCAGCCAAUGGGUGAUUCUCAUCAUUGAUGUUUCUCUCUCUCUCUCUCUCUUCCUCUCUGAAAUCAAUAAAAAUGUAUUUUAAAGUCA